CCGGAAAACAAUCAGGCAGAGAGAGCGGAGGCAGGCAGCGGAAAGAUGGCAGCCGCGGCUGUGGCUGAGUUUCAGAGAGCCCAGUCCCUUCUUGGAACUGAUAGAAAUGCCUCUAUCGAUAUAUUACAUUCAAUAGUGAAGAGGGACAUCCAGGACAGCGAUGAGGAGGCGGUGCGUGUUAAAGAGCAGAGCAUCCUGGAGCUGGGUGGGCUGCUGGCGAAGACGGGACAAGCUGCAGAACUUGGAGGCCUGCUGAAGUAUGUACGUCCCUUCCUCAACUCCAUCUCCAAGGCCAAAGCUGCCCGGCUGGUCCGCUCUCUGUUGGACUUGUUCCUGGACAUGGAAGCUGCCACCGGUCAGGAGGUGGACCUGUGCUUGGAAUGCAUAGAGUGGGCCAAAGCUGAGAAGCGGACUUUCCUCAGACAGGCACUAGAGGCUCGACUCAUCUCGCUGUAUUUUGACACAAAAUGCUACCAGGAGGCUCUGCAGCUUGGGUCCCAGUUGCUGCAGGAGCUCAAGAAGAUGGACGACAAGGCCUUGCUGGUGGAGGUCCAGUUGCUGGAGAGCAAGACGUACCACGCGCUCAGUAACCUGCCCAAGGCCCGCGCUGCUCUCACCUCCGCCAGGACAACCGCCAACGCCAUCUACUGCCCCCCCAAACUACAAGCAGCUCUGGACAUGCAGUCAGGGAUCAUCCACGCUGCAGAGGAGAAAGACUGGAAGACGGCGUAUUCCUACUUCUAUGAGGCCUUCGAGGGCUACGACUCCAUCGACAGCCCCCGAGCCAUCACUGCUCUCAAAUACAUGCUGCUCUGCAAAAUCAUGCUCAAUGCGCCAGAGGAUGUUCAGGCUCUCAUCAGCGGCAAGCUGGCGCUGCGGUACGCUGGCAGACAGACAGACUCCCUGAAAUGUGUCGCACAAGCCAGCAAGAACCGGUCGCUCGCAGAUUUUGAAAAGGCUCUGACAGAGUACAAAGCAGAGCUGAGGGACGACCCCAUCAUCAGCACUCACCUGACCAAGCUGUACGACAACCUGCUGGAGCAGAACCUCAUCCGGGUCAUCGAGCCUUUCUCCAGGGUCCAGAUCGCACACAUCUCCUCCCUAAUUAAACUCCCAAAGCGAGACGUGGAGAGGAAAUUAUCACAGAUGAUUCUGGAUAAGAAGUUUCAUGGUAUUUUGGACCAAGGCGAAGGCGUGCUGAUUGUCUUUGAUGAGCCGGUGGUGGACAAGACGUACGAGGCGGCGCUGGAGACCAUUCAGAACAUGAGCAAAGUGGUCGACUCGCUUUACAACAAAGCGAAGAAGCUCACAUAAG